AUGCCCGAUGGCCCACCGAUGGGUUUCAAGGCGCGGUUCGGGACGGCGGCUGUCGAGGUCUGCUUGGAGCUCUCCAUAUGUGGGCGGGCGCACAACGCAUCCUCCGCAUCCUCCUGGACCGGGAACGGUGGAACGGUCCGCCGGAUCGCUUCCGCCGAAGAAUGGGCAGAAUAUGGCCCCGACGAAUCACCUUGCACCACGGAGGUGAGGCUGACGUCAGCGAUCAUCAAUCUUCUCCGUCGUGAUCGAACAUUUACAACCAGUGAACACUUUGUGCGUGGGGAGCAAAUGAUGAGAAGUACCUUGCAAGCACGAAAACCUCUCCGAGCUCGAGAUCGAAGUCGCUUGGUGCGUCUGGACGUGCAUCGCCCUCCAAGGACGGGGGCAGCACUGAAAGGCCGCGCGCUGGACAACUGGCGCUUGGGCGAGGGAAGUCGAAUCAUGACGUACUUGCAACCCAAAAAGUACCGCCCCAUGUCGCUCUAUGGCGAAGUCUUUCAGGGCAAGUGGAACACUGAUUGGCAUGAUGUGUCGCAUAUCACCCAGCUGAGGGCGCAGUAUUCAUGGGCAAAGGACAACAUCCAGCAGGGGCCUGAGCUGCUCGUGUGUGCGAUGGUGAACGAUGUGCAGAGAUUGGUGGUUCGGUUGAAGCUGCGGUCUGUGUCGUCUGUGUCCAAGGCCUCCCGUUCGGCUCUGGAAGGUGUCCAUGUCUUGUUGGUGAACAUCAAGUUUGAGUCCGUCGACCACAAGAAGAAGUUCAAACAGCUUUGGUCCAACAUCGCCAAGGAGGUGAAGGAGAAGGAAGCAAAGUGUCUGUCCUACGAGUUCUGCGAUCACUUCGACGAUCCCACCAAGGCCAUCAUCUACGAAAGGUAUGUGACGAAGGAAGAUUUGGAUGGACCCCAUCAGAAGACCUUGGGCAAUUGGAAAGCCACUUACGGUGAGGCACUUGGACAGCUGAACUUUGAGAUGGAGUUGAUCAACUAUGUAGAGAGCAACGUGGGCCAGAUUUUGAAGCGCUCUUCAGCGUCGCGAAUCGGGACAUCAUGA